GUGGGGACCCUAAAUGUGCCCCGCGCCGGGAAAUGUGGGCCCGACUGUGCUGCUCAACUCUCUUCUUCCUUCCGUAAGGGGCAAACUGAGCCAAAGCACAACAUCAGAGAAGCCCGGGUCUUGGGGACAUGAGGGAAUUUUGACCCGCCCUUUGGAGCGAAGGAUCAUGUAAGAACAAAAGACAAACAGAAAACACACAGAAACCCUCCUUCUCUACUGAAACAGCUAUUAGGUGUAGUGUUCCAGCUUUAAAGUCCCUAAUAUAUGUUGGCUCAUGAAAAUGGAUUAAGAAGAUGUAGGAUCAUUCUGAAUAGCAGACUUUCCCAAGACCUUUAUGUGCAGGAGAGGGAGAAAUUUCCCAAAAUGUCAUACCCUUCAUGGAAACAAAUGCCAGGAAAAAGAAUGUGAACAAAACUUGUAGUGCUCUGUCAAGUCCUGGAGAAGCCCCUACUAGUAUCUCUAGUACCUUGUCCUCAGAGUAUCAUCUGGCACCAUCUAACGUGCAGAUCUUCCCAGAAAUUUUCCCAAAGUAGUACAUCUAGAAGCUGGACCCCAGUAAAGGUGACCAGGCACUACGAUAGAAUCAAAACUGUCAGAUUUUUCAAACAUGUCUCAAACACCCUUCCCACCAAGGAGACCUGGCUUGAAGGUAUGCUAUAUCUGUGGCAGAGAAUUUGGGACACAGUCUAUUUCUAUACAUGAAUCCCAGUGCCUAAAGAAGUGGCAUAUUGAAAACGAUCAACUACCAAAGCACCUUAGAAGACCAGAGCCCAGGAAACCUGAGGUCCUUCCUGGUGGUUCCUAUACACUUACAGAUGAAAAUGAGGCGGCUUAUCAGAGUGCUCAAGCUCAGCUCGUGCCCUGUGGAAACUGUGGCCGAACCUUUUUUCCUGAGCGUCUUCCUGUGCAUGAAAGGUGUUGCAGAGGAGGUAGCAGCACUCAUAAAUCUGGUAAAGGACCAAGAUCUGGAGCUGGCUCAGAAAGAUAUGAUCAAUCUGAGAACCAUCAAGGAAUGAGUGGGGCUGCAUCAGCUGCGCAGGCAAAAGUGAUAAAACGACCACCAACAGUGAUUUGUUACAUAUGUGGUCGUGAGUAUGGAACAAAAUCUAUUAGUAUUCAUGAACCACAAUGCCUGAAAAAAUGGCACCAGGAGAAUGACAACCUACCCAAGCACUUGAGAAGGCCAGAACCUAAAAAGCCUGAAGUAAGAAUUGUGCAAGCCAAAGGUUUCUAUGAUCUUGAUUCUUUAAAUGAGGCAGCCUGGAGCAGCGCCCAGACCCAGCUAGUUCCAUGUGAUAUUUGUGGGCGUACUUUUCUUCCAGACAGACUGAUCGUCCACCAGAGGUCCUGUAAACCAAAACCUGCAAAGUGAAGUGGAUGCAACACACAUACAUACAAAUACACGCCUGCUAACACACAAACACGCAUCAAUAAAAUGUGUGUGUGUGUGUGUGUGUGUGUGUGUGUGUGUGCAUGAAGGCACACACAUGCACCCAUACCUUUUAGACAAACCACCAGAGAAAUAAAAUUCAGCUGAGAGGCGUGACCAUCAAAA